CAGACCAAAAAUCAAAAUCGGAGAAACAAUGCAGAGAUCGAUUGCGAUGACGGCGACGAGGCUUCUUCAUCGCAAUCUUCUCUCUGAAGGUAAACCUAGAACCGCUCCGUCUCCUCCUCCGUUAAGCCAUUGCAGUUCCUGUUGUUGCUGGGUACGACGAGCUUCUUCUUCUAGCGUCAAUGGUAUUAUUGAUUUGCGAGAGAGACUAAGCAAAACUCGGCUUCGCGAUAUAAAGCUAAACGACGCGAUUGAUCUCUUCAGCGACAUGGUUAAAUCUCGUCCUUUCCCUAAAAUUGUAGAUUUCAAUAGAUUGUUGUGUGCCAUUGUGAAGAUGAAGAAGUAUGAUGUUGUAAUCUCUCUGGGGAAGAAGAUGGAAGGUUUAGGGAUUCGUAAUGAUCGUUAUACGUUUAACAUUGUGAUUAAUUGUUUCUGUUGCUGUUUUCAAGUCUCUCUUGCUUUAUCUGUUCUUGGCAAGAUGUUGAAACUUGGUUAUAAGCCUGAUAAAGUCACGUUUGGGUCUCUUGUUAAUGGAUUAUGUCGUGGGGAUAGAGUUUCUGAUGCUGUUACUUUGGUUGAUAAAAUGCUGGAGAUUGGAUAUAAACCUGACAUUGUUGCUUACAACUCGAUCAUUGAUAGUCUUUGCAAAGCUAGACGUGCUGAUGAAGCUCUGGACCUGUUCAAUAGAAUUGAAAGGAAAGAAAGGAUAGGGAUUAGAGCUAAUGUUGUUACAUUCACUGCGAUUGUUAAAGGUCUUUGUGAUUCAGGUAGAUGGAGUGAUGCUGCUCGGUUGUUGAGUGAUAUGAUCAAGAGGAGAAUCGCACCUAAUGUGAUUACUUACACUGCGUUGCUUGAUGCGUUUGUGAAAAACGGAAAGGUUUUGGAAGCUAAAGAGCUGUUUGAGGAGAUGGUACGAAUGUCUAUUGAUCCUGAUAUUGUUACUUACAGUUCGUUGAUCAAUGGGCUUUGUAUGCAUGAUCGCAUUGAUGAGGCCAACGAAAUGUUUGAUUUGAUGGUUAGCAAGGGUGUUUUACCAGAUGUGAUGAGUUACAACACUCUUAUUAAUGGGUUUUGUAAGGCGAAGAGAGUAGAGGAUGGGGUGAAACUGUUCCGUGAGAUGUUUCAGAGAGGAUUAGUUAGCAAUACUGUUACUUACAACACUCUUAUCCAAGGGUUUUUUCAAGCAGGUGAUGUUGAUAAAGCUCAAGAAUUUUUUAGUCAGAUGGAUUCUUUUGGUGUCUCUCCGGAUAUUUGGACCUAUAACAUUUUGUUAAGUGGUCUUUGUGACAACGGGGAACUAGAGAAAGCAUUGAUGGUAUUUGAAGAUUUGCAGAAGAUGGAAAUGGAUCUUGAUAUUGUUACAUAUACAACGAUUAUUCGAGGAAUGUGCAAGACUGGUAAGGUUGAAGAUGCUUGGGGUUUAUUUUGUAGCCUCAGCCUCAAAGGAUUGAAGCCUGAUGUUGUAACAUACACGACAAUGAUGUCAGGGUUGUGUACCAAAGGCCUACAACGUGAAAUUGAUGCUCUGUAUACAAAAAUGAAACAAGAGGGGCUUAUGAAAACUGACUCCACGCUGUGCCUUAGAGAUGGUGACACAACCGUUUCAGCCGAACUUAUCAAAGAAAUGUUGAGCUGUGGCUACGCACCAUCCUUGCUUGGAGACAGAAAGUCUGGAUGUCGCAACAAAGUUGUGUCUCCCUUGUAACUGUUACAGGGAUUUGUGCAUUUCCACUGUGUCGAUAUGUUAGGAUCUUGCUGUUUCAGCGGUGAAUAAAUCACUGGCACUUUGUGUUUCUCUAAGUCGAGUUGAGAAUCCCUCAAUUGCUUCAUCCAACCAUUGAGUAAUGGUGGUCAGUGAAGUGUUACCGAAUGGUGAAUGCAUCUAGGUUCUGCAAUAACCUUCUCAUUCCUGAUUGGAGAUUCUGGAUUUGGGUUGUACAUUUCAAGGAAUUAUCUGGGAGGAUUGUAAUCUGUGAUCACCAGCAGGCAGCAGUUCUAUCGAUGGUGCUGAUUAGCGUUACUUCAUCUUCUCCUUUUCAUCUCGCGCUAAAGGAAAAGCAGAGGAAUGUAGGAAAAAGAUGUAUUUGGCUCAGCUUGAGGAAGAAUGAGCACCACUUGGUUUCUCUCAAGCUUAUCAUGAUUCCUCUCUUUGUACAUAAACAUAUAGGAAAAAAAUGAUUUGCCUGAGGUUAGAGAAAGCCAUGAUGUUGUAAUAAAAGGCAAAGCUUCUCAAUUGUAAGAGAAAUAUCUAUUUCCCUUGUCAAUGUUAUCUUUUGAUCUUCCUAGUAA